AUGAUCUCAAGCCUGCGCAACUGGAGAGAACACCUCACACCUGUCUCUGCCAAAUCGGACUUCAAAGAGACCGGCCAACUCUCACCCGAAGCAUUCGUUCAAGCAGGCGACUAUCUAGUCCAUCAAUUCCCAACGUGGUCAUGGCAGGCGGCGCAAGAUGACAAGGUGCUACGAGAUUUCCUGCCAAGAGAUAAACAAUACCUGACGACGCGCAAUGUUGCCUGUGCUGCGCGCGCAGAUGCCGUGUUGCGGGAUACGCAAGAGGAAGAGGAGACGGAAGAUGGGUUUGUGAAUACAUUCAGUGCUGGCGCUGAUCAGGUCGUCGCGGAUGUUCCUGAUAUGACCGCUUUGUCGCUUGAAUCUACUGCGCCGAGCAAGACGAGUCAAGCGGCGGCGCCUGCGCCAGAGUACAAGGAUACACCGCUGGAAGCACUACCUGAUCUCGACGACUUUGCCCUGCCAGACGACGAAGACGAUCCAUCCGCUCUGCGACCGAGUAAUAUCGUCUCGACACGCACGUAUGACUUGUACAUUACCUAUGACAAGUACUACCGAACACCUCGGAUGUGGUUAUUCGGAUGGAGUGAGCAAGGGACUCCCCUGACGGUGCAGGAGGUAUGGCAAGAUAUCAGUGGCGACCAUGUGGGUAAGACUGUCACGAUGGAAGGAUUCCCGCAUUCUGCAAGUGGUCAGCAAAUGGCGAGUGUGCAUCCGUGUAAGCAUUCUGCUGUCAUGAAGGUGUUUAUCGAGCGGGCGAAUGAGCAGGCACUGGCGAAACAGCGGAAGGAGAAGCAGCAACGGGCCCAGGUUUCAGCUGGGGAUGAGGAGGAAGGGAAAAUGGAAGAGGGGAUACGGGUUGAUCAGUAUCUGGUCAUCUUCCUCAAGUUCAUUGCGACCAUCACCCCGACGAUUGAGCAUGAGAGCGGGGCCUUUUAUAUCCUCCAAGUCCAAGCACCGACCUGGGUCACAUUCGAUCCACUCACCAACGCCAUCCUUGCCAACUCUGAGAUUGAAUCAGCUCCUCACGGUGCACUCUCCCUCUUCCCUGCCAUGCCAACAAACCCUGGUACAGAGGUAGCUUGGCAACACUCGCCUACGUGGACAGCUCAAACCACAACGAAUGGAACAGCUUACUGCAGUAUUGCUUAUCGUGGCAAUAAACCUUUCUACAUGGCAGCCAACUACGCUGGUGGUACGGCAGAUGUGUUUGAUGCUAAUGGUAAGCUGACGGAUACGCGCGCCUAUCAUGAUUCAGGUCCCUUUCCAGGCAGACAAAUCGCUUCUCAUGCUCAUCAGAUCAUUGAGGAUUUAUCGAAGGAGUUUGUGUAUGUGUGUGACUUGGGUGGUGAUCAAGUGCAUGUCUAUCAACUGGAUGAAUCGGGCAAGUUGCACGAUCAAGAGAGUAUCCGACUCGAUCCCGGACAAGGCCCUCGACAUGUCGCAUUCAAUCCAGACCACAAGGACCUAGUCUACGUUAUCUGCGAGCUGACCAACGACGUUGUCCUCUUUCGUCGUACAGGCAAGACCUGGCAGCGUGUGCAGACAGUCAAGCUACUCGAUGACAAGGUUGUUAAGGUGAAAGCACCACACUACCAUCAACCUCCCUCUGCUGCUGCCAUCCUCAUCACGGCUGAUGCUCAACAAUUGCUCGCGAGUGUUCGUUAUAUCCCAGGCAAGGAGGAUGCAGACAUUCUUGUGAGUGUCCAGCUGGGGAAAGAUGGGUUGAUGGUGGUGGCGAGCAUGAAGACACACAAUACACACGCUGUUGGUCCACGCGCUCUUGCCUUGUCAAAGGAUACGAAGCAACGUUAUGUUGCUGCGACAUUCAAGGAAACGGGUUCUGUGCGUGUCUAUGAUCGUCUGGAUUCUUCCUUCAAGCUUGUCGCACAACUUGAUAUGAAGGGUGCUUCUUCUGCAGUCUUCAUCUGAGCAACAGGUACCGAGAGUUUGUCACAAGCUUGUAGAUUUGCUACCUAUGUCUGUUGUGUUCCUUCCUAU